UUAGAGGCACCGCUCUCAAAAUAAUAUAUAAACACAAUAUCUAAAAAGCCUACGAAUAAAUAAAACCCUAUUGAAAACCCCGUUUAAAAAACAACUGCAGUAAAUUAGAACUCAGAUUAAUCAGACUUCAACGCGCAUAAACAAAUUUGAUUAUUGGUAGUUAAAAAUCUCCCAUGAAACAUAUGCAGUAACAGUUAGGAACCCACCAAAAAAGAUAACCACUUGUUCAUUUCACUUUCUUUAUCUCACUAUUAAAUCUAUUUUUAGCAAUUUUACACACACAAUUUUUUUUUUACAGUAAUAGUAAUAGUAUUAGAUGAUACCAAUGAACCAUUGAAAAAAAGAUAAGCAAUUUUAUCAGAUCAAGAAAAUAGUUGUAUUAGAUAUGGCUACAGAGAGCAAAUCUAGUGUAGUGAAAGUGAAGCCAAGUGGUAGUAGUAGUCAAGUUGGUUCAUCUUCAAAACCCAAAAUUGAUUCAUCUGUAAUCAAGAAAAAGGUUGUUCAGAUCUCAUCAAAUAAGCAAUCUGGAGAUUCUAAGGGUAAAUCUGCCAUUAAUGUCUCUAAAACUGAGAUGAAAGGAAAAUCAACCUCAAGUUCAUCCAAGACAGUCACAAAAACGCAAACCAAAACUAGAGUGAAGAAAGUGUAUUCCUUGGCUGGCCAGAAGUUUGAUGUUCCUGAAGAGCGAGAACCGUUGAGGUUAUUCUAUGAAUCGUUGUCAAAGCAGAUACCUUCAAGUGAAAUGGCAGAGUUCUGGUUGAUGGAGCACGGUCUGUUAUCACCGGAGAGAUCAAAGAAGGCGUUCGAGAAAAAGCAGAGAAAGCAAAAGCAGAUUCGCACGGGGACUCCUGUUAAAUCUCCUCCUCCGCGGCCAAUCAUAAGCAAAGCCGAGAGCUCGAAAAAGCAACAGCAAGUAUCAAAGAACGGCGACAUAAGGGCAAAGAAACGACUAAAACGUGAUACUAGUAGUGAUGACGACGAUGAUGAUGAUUUCAUUCUGAGCCCAAAGAGGAGAAAAGUGUAGGAAAUUUUUUUUUCUGCAUUUGCAAGAAUGAUAGACUGAGGAGACAUUCUUGAUAUUCUGUUUCAAUUGAAAAUGAAAAAUCAAAUAAAAAUUUGUAGUUGACAAACUUGUAUAAUGGAACUAUAGUUGUUAUAGAAACUCAGUUAAUACUAUUUACAUUUUUCUUUUCAAAAAUUAGAAGAUAAAUACAAAAAAUCAAUAUUUUUUGAGUUGACA